CCCGUGCCGUGUCGUGGUGAUCCAUCAGCCAGCAGCAGCAAAGCAACUAAAAUCGAGUCAGCCAGAAGUGAAACAGCCAGAGUUCACGUCGGGUUGUUCCGCGAUUGUUUGUCGGUUAGUGGUGGUUUUAGUUUUCUUCCCACAUCUCUGGAGAAAGAAUAAAGUUCGACUGUGUCUUCGUGAAGAAGAAAAUCGACACCGGAUUUGGAAUCGGGUGAACUAGUGCGAAUAUUUUAAUCGAUUAGCUGCCGGAGGAAAAAUGGAAAUGUAAUGAUUUUCUUUCUCUCGGCUGAUGGUGGUUUUUGUGAGGCCCUCUUUGGAGCAACGAAGUGAGACACACAGGAAGAAACAUAACGGGAUCAGGGUUGAGCCGAGAAGAGACCGAGCGAGUGGUGGUCCAUUUUAGUGAGUGAGAGGAGUUGAAAACUAAAAUAAACCGUAAGAAGAAGUGCAGAGGAUUUUGUUUCCGUUGAGCUGGUGCCGCCGGGCGAAGGAGAACCUGAGUCAUCAAGGUGAAGUGUUGGGUGCGUACGGGCGUGAAGAAAAGUGCACGAAGAAGCACGGAGAUAGUUCGCCAUCAUCGGAGCAGGAACACUAGCGCCGCUAUCGUGAACGACGACGAAAGACUGCGACAGUGAAACAGCAGCAGCAGCUUUCACUCACAUAAGCGCAAGAAGAACGAGUAUUUUACAGUGCGUGUGUCUGUGGCGAUCCGAGACUGCUGCAAACGGAUACACUCUACCGUAGGCAAAAGUGGAGAGCCGGACGGGGGCUGUGUGUGAAUUUGACCAGAAGAAAAAGUGGAAAAUCGUUCGGAAAACAAACGGUUCAAGCGCGCGCGAGUACAAGAGAAAAAAAAUUAAAUUAAAAAUCGAUUUUAAGUCGUUCUGUGUUCGUCAGUGGGAGAUUUUAAUUUUAGACUUCAAGGUGUCUAGAAGGGUAGGGCCCUCACCGAUAGAGGAAGGUCCGCGAUGGGUAAUUUUCUAAACUUUUGACAGCAGCACGCAUAUUUGCAGCAAAUGCUGUACCAACACACUCGCGAUUCGUGGGGUGUCUGCGCAAAGUGAGUGCAGAGUACGGUAGAAGAAGUGAAAAUCGUUCGUAAUCCAUUUCGGAAGAUGAUAAGGACCCUUCGGAAAAUGGUGAAGUGAUAAGGACCUGGUGCGGUAAAGGGACCCUAUUGAAAACUGACGAGUACGGGAUCAGUAGGUCAUUUUUAGUGGACAAGAGUUCGAGAACAUCACGCGGCGAGUUCCAUCUGAAGAGUUGGGGAUGUGCGCGUGGAAUUCCCUUUUCGGAUGGCAGCUGUAGUAGUGGGCAGUGACGCGCGAGAAGACAGGUGAACCCUACCCAAAACACUCAUACAGAGUAGAACUACCACCACACCACCACGACCGACACGGUCACCGUCAACACUAGAAGUUGCUAUCCGUCGCGGCAGACUGGCGACGAAGACGACGGCGAAAGAAGAGUGUGAUUUUAUCUGAUUGAAUGAAAAAAAAAGGAUCAACCCGAACGGAAGAUUGCCGUGUGAUUAAGUGACGUAUGUAAUCCCAAAGAUUCGUGCGCGUUGCAUUGGUGUGUGGAGGAAGUGUCAAUCAGAGUGUGUUUCAGAAUCACGCAAUUUCAUCCAUGUGAAAAAGUGAAACCAAGAGUGAAAAAAGUGCAUAACUGAUAAUCCCAAAAAGAAAUUCGGGUAAAUCCUUGUAAAUAGAGAUACAUCACGGUCGUCGUCGGUAUCGGUGCCGACGGCUGGCUCCCGUGGCGAGACCGCAGAAGGAUUUUCUAUGCCUGUGUACAUAGAGCAGUCAACCCAACGCGCUCUCUGCAUGCAUUAAGUGACGUGCAGCAAAACUUGCCGACAAGCGCGAAAGCUGUAAAAAUAUCUACCGAUCAAUUCCUUCUUAUUAUCAUAACGUCAAAAUAACCUCCUUCCCCAAACGGUAUCUGUGAGUACCAUACAGUAGUGUAGUGCUGGGGGCUAUCAUAGUGCUGCUAGGUGUAUCGUGUGACAACGGAAGAAACCUGCUACAACAACCACAAACUGACUGUCCGACUAACUCUACCGGGGGUUUGUGGAAGCAAUUUUUUUUUGGUUCGGUGACUCGAUUGCGGAAAAUGCAGCGUACCAAGGAACAGCAACAGCAAGAACAACAGCAACGUGAAGGUCGCGAACGUGACGUUGCACGACAGACAAGUGGAGUUCCCGGUGCCGGAACAUCGACAACGGCCGGUGGUGGAGGCGGCGGUGGCACCACCAGAGGUGGCGGCACCAGCAUGUACUCCGCACGGCACUCGGUCAGUUCGUCGUCCGGCGUUCUGAUGGUCGGACCGAACUUCCGGGUCGGCAAAAAGAUCGGCUGUGGCAACUUUGGCGAGCUGAGGCUGGGGAAGAACCUCUACAACAAUGAACACGUAGCAAUAAAAAUGGAGCCAAUGAAAUCAAAAGCACCGCAACUGCACUUAGAGUAUAGGUUUUACAAAUUGUUAGGAUCGCAUGAUACACAGUCCCCUCCCGAGGGGAUCCCGCGUGUGUAUCACCUAGAAGGUAUACCGGAGGUAUACUACUUCGGUCCCUGUGGCAAAUACAAUGCACUAGUUAUGGAAUUACUCGGUCCUUCGCUCGAAGAUCUGUUCGAUCUGUGCGGCCGGCGAUUCUCGCUGAAGACAGUACUCAUGAUAGCAAUACAAUUACUCCACAGGAUCGAGUACGUGCAUAGUCGUCAUUUAAUUUAUAGAGAUGUAAAACCAGAAAAUUUUCUAAUCGGUAGAAGUUCAAAUAAACGUGAUAAAAUUAUACAUAUAAUAGAUUUUGGUCUCGCCAAAGAGUAUAUUGACUUAGAUACGAAUAAACACAUACCAUAUCGAGAGCAUAAGUCGCUGACGGGCACGGCGCGGUACAUGUCGAUCAACACGCAUAUGGGCAAGGAGCAAUCCCGGCGCGACGACCUGGAGGCACUCGGUCACAUGUUUAUGUAUUUCUUAAGAGGUUCACUGCCAUGGCAAGGUCUGAAAGCCGACACACUCAAAGAGCGAUACCAAAAAAUUGGUGAUACGAAACGGGCGACACCGAUCGAUGUGCUGUGCGAGGGACACCCAGAGGAAUUUGCGAAAUACCUGCGCUACGUGCGGCGGCUAGACUUUUUUGAAACACCUGAUUACGAUCACUUACGGAGAUUAUUUCAAGAUUUAUUCUAUUUUAAAGGUUACGUAGACGACGGCGAAUUCGAUUGGACCGGAAAGACGAUGCCGACCAACUUCUAUGCUAUGCGUCAGCUACGUAAUGCUCCGCCGUCACACAUUGUCAAGACGAAAUCUGCCAAGUCCACACCAGUUGGAUCGUUACAGACUGGUCACGAAGUAGUCGUAUCACCAAACAGAGAAAGACACACACCUGUAAAUAAGGACGGAGAUUUUUUCAGUUAUUACGACGAAGAGCUAGACGACGACACCCUGCAGAUGUUGGAACAGCAGCAGACGAAUUCGAAAGGAGGUGUCGCCGCUUGGCCGGACGUGCCCAAACAGACUGGAACGCUGGGCAACCUAACGCCGGCCGACCGACAUGGUUCAGUUCAGGUCGUAAGUUCAACCAACGGAGAAUUGAAUGCCGAUGACCCAACCGCCGGACAUUCGAACACGCCCAUCACGCAGCAGCCGGAAGUGGAACUGGUCGACGAAACAAAAUGUUGUUGUUUCUUUAAACGAAAGAAGAAGAAAUCGACCCGCCAGAAAUGACUAGAAGCAGUGCAAUGUAGUCCGGAACGUGAGGCAGUCAAGCUGCUACGUGCAACGUCACACUCCAACUCGCGCGACAGCGUGCUGAAUCCAAGCCAGGAUUACAUCCAGGCGUCGUCGCAGCAUACGAUCAGAUAUCCAUCCACCUCUGUACUGGCAUCGACACCGACCGCCCAAACGCCGACACUUCCAUUGUAAUUUAUUGCUAACUAUUAUUAUGCUAAUCCAGAUUAUUAAUUAAUUAAUUAUUAAAUUAUUUAUUAUAAUUUUUUUCCGCGCGGUGUUACGUCCCAACAUCAUACUACACACAAACCGCAAUCGCAAAAAAAAAUUACAACAAAAAAAUGGUAACACCUUCCAUUUACGAUUCAUGGUCGUCCUUGAAAAUACGCUAUUUUGUCGCGUAACCGGUUCUGCCCAAAAACCGCACACACACUUAAUCAAAAAAAAAAAACGCCAAAUCGGGUCGCCGUGCGUUGAACAAAUCAAUCCAAACGCGUUGUCGACACGCUCGUCCGAAAUCGGAACAACCCGUCGUGAACCGUUCUCCAUGUGUGUGUGUGUGUGCGUGUCCGUAUGUGUCCCACAUAUGUCGAAACCGAUCAUCUUAAAAAAACCAUCCCAAACGAAAAUUGAUUACGACGAGUAGUGACUUUGAUGAUGACAUCGAUUUCGACCCCGAUGACCUUACGAUCCUGUUACACUUUUUCCGUAAGCUUUGAUAUCGACUUCCGGUUCCCCGGAAGGGAUCCUGCAGACGACCACCACUAGUACUACCACUAUCGGCCUCACUGUCUAUCCGACCCUCAGUAGUUCUAGUACAUCAUCAUAUCAGCGCAUUCUACUACUACCAAUUAUUCUUCCACUGCUACUACAACAAAGUACAACACAACAAAACAACUGAUCACCAGCAACCUUCCCUUUGUACCACACCUUCUAUUACUACUUUCCUCUAGUACUACCACACGACAUACGAUGUUUUUAAACAAAAAUAAAUCAAUCCCCUCCCAGUAUUGGCAGCUUCUUUCAUCUCCCUCUAUCUAUCGCUCAAAAAAAUAGACUAGCCACAAAACGAUCUAGGAACAAUAGAAUCGAACAUUGUAAUCUACAACAACAACAACAACAACAUUCCGUUUUUCCCCCACGCGUGGCACCCCUGCAAGUGCCGAUUGAAGCGGGUUUGACCAAGCCUUCUUCGAUUCCACCGAACAGAGUGCCUCUCUUCUACCACUACUUAGCUCUAGGAUAGAUAGAACAAACUAACCAGUCACGCCGCCUACUACUCUUCUCUGCUACCUAUUCAAACAAAAUUCCCAACAAUUCGGAACCGGUCGUAGCAGGAUUCAGACAGUCUCUCCCAUUCAGACCCAUCAUUCGGUGACAGAAACCAGCAAACAAACAAAUCCCGAUCGCGACAAAAUUUUAUCUCGGAUCUAGUCCUUUUUGCUUUCGGCGUCUACGGAACUCGUUCCUGACUCAGUGUCGCACGAAAUACCUUCAAUCAGUAUUGAAGUCAUCUGUUCGUUUUUUUUUUGUUUGUUAAAAUUUCGAAAUUAAAUAAAAAUGCAUUACAACGGGCAAGAAUCCAAUCCAGGGCAGUGACGCAAACAAUGGGGCUUCUAGUACUGCGCUCGUACUGCACUAGAAUUGAGAAGGUGAAACUUCCCUUGAAACAUCCUCAUUCGUAGCCAGCCAUGCAUUUAUCGAGAAGCUUGUGCAACGUACUAGUAUUGUUUUCUAGUACUACUACUGCUAUUGCAACAGAUGUGGUAUUCUAGUACUACCACCCCUCCCCCCUCGUAAAAUACAGUAAUAUCAGAAAGUAUCGAAAGCAACCCGCGUUGCUUCGUUCGAACACUCUUCUCUUUUUUUUUUGUUUGUCGUGUGUACGACGUGAACCGACUAAGAGGAAACCAAUCAGUCAUUUUUUUCGAUUUGUAAGGAAACCAAGCUAGUUUACAAAAUCAUAAUGAAAAUGAGAAUCGCGAGAGAAAAGAGAAAAGAACACCAUUCAGCACGCGUCAGAAAAGAAAAAUCACACUUGUAUAGGCAGCAUAUUGUUCUCUUUGAAUCAUUACCUUUUUUUCCUGUUUGUUAGGACUACUAACUGUUAGAUAGCGUUUCUUGAGUUGUCUUUUUUUACGAACGUGUACUAUUUUUUUAUUUUAACUGAAGAAGAAUGCUUUUCAGCAACAAGCAAAGAACGGAGGAGAAGUGGAUGCUUAGGAAAAUAUUGCUAUUUUUUCAGUGCGUUCAACUUCCAAUAUAUUUUUGUUUUGUUUUGUUUCUUGAGUACCUACCGAACAGAGUAAACAAGGAAGGAGAGAACGAUAGGAUGAGAGCAACAGUGGCUCUGUUUUUUUCUUUUCUUUUUCGUUUAAUCUAAUUGUGAUAUAAAUAGUUUCUUUUGUAUAGUGUAUAUUUUUUACUGCGUAUCGAGUAAGUGUAUUUAAGUCAGCUGAAAGAAAACUAUUAGGCUAGCAAGCGAGAGAAAGAAAGGGAAAUUGAAAAUAAGUGAAAGAUGAUGAGAAAAAAAAACGUUGCGUUUAGGAAGCAGUUAUCUAAUGAGCAAACAAAACAAAUUGUGAAAU